AUGGCCAACAAUCUUCCAUCUUCAUUUAUAGUACCCUCCUACAGACAGAAGAAAAUCCCUCCAACACUAGACAGGAGCAUGCUGGCAUCCUUUAACUGGACAAUUCAAAGCGAGGUUCUCAGACUAAAAUCAGUCUUCAAGUUUUUGUCUAAACCUGCCAAAUUCACACACGACUUCCAGUAUAUUCACAACCCUCAAGACGCUUGCUCCAGACGAAAGAUCGAUCUAAUCAUUGCCGUCGCUUCUGCUCCACAUCACGAAGAAUCUCGUCACAGAACAAGAAAAGGUUUAAAGGGAUCAUACUCAUUCGACAAAAGUAAUAAUUCCACUGUUUUGUUUUUCCUAGGUGUGUCCAACCACCCGAACAAAUCUCGCAAAUUCCAGACAGACAUAAACAUGGAGAUGCGAAUGUUCGGAGACAUCGUGCAGGAAAGCUACAUUGAUGUUUACAGGAACCUCACUCUUAAAACUAUAUCUAUCUUAAAAUGGAUUGAUAGAUUCUGUCCAAACGCCCAGUUCGUCUUAAAAUCGGACGAUGAUACUGGCAUCAAACCAGCGGUGGCAGUAGCAGCUUUAAACAGAUAUAGACAGCAAUUUGGGAACUUCAUUCUUGGUCGGUGGAACCCUAGUACUAGGGUUAUAAGAAACAGCGGUGCAAGGACGUAUGUGUCUUUCGACGACUAUCCGUACGCCACUUUCCCGCCUCACGUACUUGGCGGAGCCAUGGGAUUCCCCGUGACAACCGCCAAACUUCUGUACCAAGCGGCUCUCAGGGUCAGGCGUAUUCCAAUGGACGAUGUUUACCUGAGCAGCAUGUGUGCCCGGCGCGUCAAUGUACCUGUGUUCAUGGACGCCGACUUUGAUUUUAUUCAUAGAGCCUGGUAA